AUGGCUGCUGCGAGUGGGGAGCAGCCACCCGUCGAGGUCGGCUCCGGCCUCGACGUCGGCUCCGGCCUCGACGAGCCUGUAGUCGCAACCCCCACCCCGGCCGUGCCCGAUGGAGGCGGCGGCGGCGCCACGCUCGCGCUCUCGCUCGUCCUGCCGCUCGUGAUCGCAGCUGCCUUCUUCCUCCUCUUCCGCGGCCGCAGCAAAUCACGCGGCAACCGGGUCGUGCUGUUUGGCCCCAUGGGCGCCGGAAAGACGGCGCUCUCGCUCCAGCUCCGCUUCGGCCGCAUGACGCCCACCUACUCGUCGCUCGCGAAGACUGUCGGCCGGUGCGAUCUCGGCGGCGGCGGCGCCAACGCGGUGACGCUGGUCGAUGUGCCUGGCUCAGGGCGGCUGCGCUCGCAGCUGCUGAGCGAGGCGGCGAGCGCGGCAGUUCUGGCCUGCGUCAUCGACGGCUCGCGCCUCGCGCCGCAGUGCAAGGAGGCGGCCGGGGCCCUCUUCGACGUGCUGUCGCUCGAGGCGGUGCAGCGGCGCUCGCCCGCGCUGCUCGUGGUGCUGAGCAAAAGCGAGGCGCGUGGUGCGGCGAGCCCCGAGUCGGCCCGCACGCUUCUCGAGGCCGAGGUCCAAAAGGUGCGACUCGCGCGCACCACCAUGGCCGACACGGGCGGCGCCGGCACCAAGGACAUCCCUGGCUUCGGUGCCGCCGGCUUCUCGUUUGCGCAGACGCGGCUCACCACCCAGUUCGUCUCGGCGUCCGCCUCGACGCCCCAGCUCGACGCCGUGCGCAGCUUUGUGCUCAAGCACGUCGGGUGA